UAUUGCAACAAGCAGGAUGCUAAUUACCACGCUCGGCAUAGUCGCUGCGGCGAUUUACCUAGGUUUAAGAUACCUUUACUCCUACUGGGACCGUCACGGGAUUCCGAGUAUGAAACCAAGUUUUCUCUUCGGUAAUAUUGAAUCGGUGGCCAAAAGAAUCGACGCGUUCGGAGUUGCUGUCAACAAGCUGUAUCAUCAAUCGAAAGGUCAACUGAUCGGGAUCUACGUGUUUUUCCGUCCAGCGAUUUUGAUUCGAGAUGCCCACCUGGCCCAUCGGAUGAUGACCACGGAUUUCAAGUUCUUCCACGAUCGAGGAAUAUAUUGUAACGAGGAAGGGGAUCCUCUUUCCGCGCAUUUGUUCGCUCUACCUGGUAAACGGUGGAGAGCUUUGCGUAACAAGUUCACGCCGACGUUCACCUCCGGUCAGUUGCGUAACAUGUUUCCUAUUGUUCUAAGCACCGGAUACAAACUGCAACAUUAUUUGGAACCAGCAGCAGCCAAGAAUGAAAUUGUGGACAUGCGUGCCGUCGUUGCUCGCUUCGUGCAGGAGGUUGUGGCGAGUGUUUUCUUCGGCUGUGAAACCAACUGCAUCAGUGAUCCAAAAGAUGAUUUUUCAAACGUAAUGAAUUUCUUUCUGAAAGACUCUUUCUCCAUUAAUUUUCGUUCGACUGCCGUCUUUCUGUUUCCGAGUGUAUUGAAGCUCACGGGAAUAUCAGCAAUGGAGCCGGAAAUGCGACAUUUCGUAACCAGGUUAAUCACCGAACAGAUCGAGAAUCGCGAACGUAACAACACCGAACGAAAGGAUUUUAUUCAACAAUUGAUCGAUCUUCGACAAGCGGACAGAGAUAAUAAGGAAGUUAUGCUGACGAUAGGUGAAUGUGCGGCCAACGUUUUCCUGUUCUACGUCGCCGGUACGGAUACGACAGCUGCAACGAUUACUUUUGCCUUACAUGAACUUACCCAGAGUCCAGCUAAUAUGGACAAACUUAGAAAGGAGAUUGAUGAAGUGUUGCAACGGUCAAAUGGUGUAGUGGAUUACGAAGUUGUGAAGGAAAUGAAAUUUUUGGAUUUGUGUAUUAAGGAAACCUUGAGGAAAUAUCCGGUUCUUCCGAUUCUAAACCGCGAAUGCACUGAGGAUUAUCAAGUUCCCGACUCUAAAAUGGUGAUUCGAAAAGGAACUCAGCUUUUAAUUCCCUUGCUGGGAUACAGCAUGACUGAGGAGUACUUCCCGGAAGCCUCUAGCUUCAUUCCGGAACGAUUCGAUGCCGAGAGUAAAAAUUAUGACGAAAAAGCUUACUACCCUUUUGGAGAAGGACCUAGGAACUGCAUAGGUCUUCGCCAAGGGGUGAUGAGUUCGAAGAUAGCACUGGUGCUGCUGCUUUCGAAGUUUAACUUCGAAGCCACGCGAGAAGUAAAAAUCGAUUUUUUGCCUUCGGUGAUCACUUUGGUACCGCAAGGGGGCAUUCCACUGAAGAUAUCAUACAGAAAGUGAAGAAAAGUAAUUGAUUCUGUUCUCGAUAAGCUGCUUAAACCUGCUUAAGGUGGCAGCAGAAAGCCAUCUUCAUUUUUUUUGUGGUAAUUGAUUUACCACAGAGCCAACGCCCGUCGAUGACAUACCUUAGAUUUAUAGUUUUACAUCGGGAGAGUUAAUAGCUUCAAGGUCGAGCUUGGAGAAAACAAUUCAUCACUCUGCUAGUUUAUUUGUGUACAAAUCUAAAAAUAACAAUUGCUAAAAUUAAAAGAACUAAGAAAAAAAAAUUAGUUGAAAAUUCGCUUAAAUUGCAAGGCA